AGUAAGUAUAGAGGAGGAGAUGAGACGAGCAAAAGGAUGAAGAGAAGCCGAAGGGUGUCAGCGUUCGGGCGACCUUUAACCCUAAUCCGUCCCGGCAUCGCUCAUGUCGUUUACUUGGGGAAUGAGUUCCAUGUGUACUGUCAUCGUUCGAAGCGUCGCCUGUGUCCUCCGCCGCGUUCCACCCCUGGCGACAAAUGCUCAAAGCCGCCAGUUUCGCCACCGAUCCCUUUGUGCUUGCCGAACCCUCCUCUCUCCUCCUCACCGCGCCGGACAACACAAAGAGCCCGUCUUUCCUGAGAUUUCCAUCGUGAUCACCAGCGCGAUGAGCAAAGGCUGGAGCUUUGACAGCUUAACCACCAGUUUUGGAUCCGUAGAACUCACCCAACCCCUUGUGGAGAGCGUGCUUCUCGAUCUCAAGGAGCCUGAUGACGCCAAAAAGGCGCUGACUUUCUUCCAUUGGUCAUCCCGUACCAGGCGUUUCGAGCACGACCUGCGCUCCUACUGCUUCAUCGUUCACAUCCUCGUCCGCGCCGGGCUUCUCGUCGACGCGCGGGCGCUGCUGGAAUCGGCAAUCGGCAAGUACGCCCGGGGUUCUUCGGUCGCGGAGGUGCUUCUGAGUACUUACGAAGCUGUCCUCCCCGGACGCCGCGUUUUCGAUCUGCUGCUGCAGACGUACUCGAACAUGAGAAUGGUCGGGGCAGCUUUCGACGCUUGCAGAUACUUGGGAGACCGCGGAUUCGAUGCGAGUCUAAUCAGCUUCAACACGAUGCUGCGCGUGGCACAGAGAUCCGAUCAGAGUGGCUUGGCCUGGAAGGUGUUUGAGUAUAUGUUGGUGAGAAGGAUAUACCCCAACAAAGCCACGACGCAGGUCAUGGUUGACGUGAUGUGCAAGGCGGGGGUUCUGCCAAAGAUGGUGGGCGUUCUGGAUAGGAUCCACGGGAAGCGUUGUCCUCCCGGCGUGAUCGUGAAUGCCGCACUGGCUUUCAGGAUCAUUGAGGAGGGCAGGGCCGAAGAAGCGAUCAUGCUGUUGAAGAGAAUGCUACAGAGGAACAUGGUGCUCGACGAUAUCGCCUAUUCUUUGAUAAUAUCUGCCUACUGCAAGAUGCCCAACUUAGAUUCGGCAUACGAGACACGGAACGAGAUGAUCAACAGAAGUUGCAGCUUGAAUUCCUUCGUUUAUACUUCCUUGAUAGGAUCCUACUCCGAGAGAAGCAUCGAAGAGGCUGUUCGACUGAUGGAAGAGAUGCUCUCGAUGGGACUGAGACCGUACGACGAGACUUACAAUCAUCUGAUCGUGGGGUUGUCGAGAACCGGGAGGAGGGAGGAGAGCUUGAAGCAUUGUGAGAAGAUGCUCGACGACGGGUUCAUGCCAAGUUGCAGCGCUUGCAAUGAGAUACUGAGCACACUCUGCAAAGCCGGGGAGGUCGAGGAGGCCAAUCGAAUGCUGACUUCUUUGUUGGAGAAGGGACUCGUCCCCGACCGGGACAUGUACCUGAGCCUCAUCGAUGGGUAUGGGGAUACUGGAAAUGCUCGAGAAGUCCUUAAACUGUACUACGAAAUGGAGCACAGGGGCAUCGGAUCUGAUCCCGUUGUUUACACGUCCAUGAUCAGGAACCUCUGUCGAUGUGGAAAGGUCAAUGAGGCUGAGAAGUUUCUUAGCAUCGGGGGGACGACGAAGGAAUUGGUGCCUACGAGUUGCAUGUAUGAUUCGUUGAUCGCAGGGUAUUGUAUCGAGGGUGAUGUGCGGAGGGCGCUUCUCCUCUAUGAUGACAUGAUCAUGAAGGAGUUGGUCCCGUGUUCAGAUACUUUUAUGCGUCUAGUGAAGGAAGUGCUGAGAACUCGAGCAUCGAGACAUUUGUGAAUUUGGAGAACUGUUCUGUUGUUCACCGGUCUGCUCUGCAAUUUGAGUAAUGAACACAAUCAAUUGUACAACGAGCCAGUGAUAUGAUUGGUGAAGCUAAAUACAUAUUAUUCUUUUU